AGUACAAUUGUAAUGAUGGCUUUACUGUUUGUAAAUUAAUUAUAAAUAUAACCUCUUUGGCUUUGGCUCUGCAAAUCGUAGUGAAGGAGGCGGGAUUAGGCGUCUCUGCCUGGGAGGCGGUACUCAGGGCAGCAUUUCCCAGCAUGCACCGCGAACGAACACGGUUAGCAAACAUGACAUCAAGCUAGCGAGGUAAAUGUCAACCGAGGAGAAAAACAACAGUUGUAUGAGAAGAUUUUGACGUAGAGCAGGGCGACAUGCUGUGACUGCUCGGUGUCCUCCAGCAGCAACAAUGUUGCCCUCAACCAGCCCCGCGCUCCGGGCUGCUGCUACGCUGCUGCCGCGGCCAAAUUGGGCUCGAGGAUGUGUCUGGUGCCCGUGCAGAAACAUUUCUGUGAAACCAGGAGGGUUGAAACCAAAGACGGUUCCACCUCGGUACCUGGGUCAGCCCAGCCCUUAUACUCAUCCACACCUCAUCAAACAUGGUGAGGUGACUCCAGGCUUGAGCCAGACAGAAUACGAGCUCCGCAGACACCGGCUGGCCUCACUUAUUGAGGCCCAUUCAGACAGGCUGGGACCCUCCGCCUCCUCUAGCACCCAUGUGGUCAUCAUGUUGUCCCAUCCGACCCGCUACAUGACCAAUGACAUCCCUUACCCCUUCCACCAGAACCAGGAUUUUCUCUACCUCAGUGGCAUCCUAGAGCCUGACAGUGCUCUGGUUCUUUAUGGGAAAGGACGACCAGACCAGACCAUCUUGUUUGUCCCCCGCAGAGACCCGGGGAGAGAGCUGUGGGACGGGCCUCGUUCGGGGAAGGAUGGGGCGGCUGCUUUGACCGGCAUAGAGAGAGUUCAUUGCACAGAAGAACUAGGUGUUGUGCUCAAGAGCCUUAAAGGCACGGUGCUGUGGUACGACAGUUCCCAGCCCGCCCACCCCCGGCUCCACCAGACUCAUGUGGGUCCCGUGCUGGAGGCGGGGUCGAUGCCGCACUCUCUCAGGCCCCUCGUACACUCUCUUAGGGCCAUCAAGAGCGCAGCAGAGGUAGCGCUCAUGCAAGAAGCAGGACACAUCACAGCACAGGCUUUUAGAAGAACGAUGGCUCUGUCUCAAGGAGACGUGGAUGAAGCUGUGCUCUUUGCUAAGUUUGAUUUUGAGAAUCGGAUCCAUGGCGCCAACUUCCUGGCUUAUCCCCCUGUUGUUGCUGGUGGGAAUCGAGCCAAUACUCUGCACUACAUAAACAACAACCAGAUUAUCAAGGAUGGUGAAAUGGUGCUGCUAGAUGGUGGUUGUGAAUACUUUGGUUACGUCAGUGAUGUCACUCGAACGUGGCCAGUUAAUGGAAAGUUCAGUCCUGCCCAGGCAGAGCUGUACGAGGCCGUCCUGGAGGUCCAGCGCUCCUGUUUGUCUCUGUGCUCAGCGGGCGUCAGCCUGGAUCACAUCUACAGCACCAUGCUGGCUCUGUUGGGACGACAACUCAGGAGGCUAGGCAUCGUCAAGGCCAGCACCAGCGACGCUGAUGUAUUAAAGGCUGCACGACGUUACUGUCCCCACCACGUUGGCCAUUACCUGGGCAUGGACGUCCACGACACUCCUGAGCUGUCCCGCUCACAACCUCUACAGCCAGGAAUGGCCAUCACUAUCGAACCAGGGCUGUACAUCUGUGAGGACAAUGACCAGGUGCCAAAGCGUUUUCGUGGCCUGGGGGUCAGGAUUGAGGAUGAUGUGGUGAUCCAAGACGAGGGAGGCCCUCUGAUUCUGUCCUCUGGCACACCCAAGACCAUCCCUGAUGUAGAGAAGGCCUGUGCCCAGAGAUAGGACAGGGAGAGACAGACAAGUGACCAAGUGAGCCACGGCAUUCAUGGCAGGCAGUGUGUUGCCCUUUUUCAACCGUCUUCACGGUGAUGACAUCAUCAAGCUCAGGGCCCAGGUACAUGAAAGGUGGGGGCACAAAGCAACUUGCAGCAAGGCCUCAAAAAUGUAGAAAUCUGGUGUGGAAGAUCGUUCAUUUUUUUUGUCUACGUAGAAGUUUAAAGAAACCAGGUUCACGUUUGUGAAUGAUUAUGAAGAGCUCAUCAACAGUAAAGCGUGGAUUUAGUUGUGUGUUAGGCUGCAUUCACACCAAAUCCGGCGUUGGUUAGUGCGGCAGAUUGGGAGCGCUUAAAUGACCAAUUUGUGUCUCCAUUGUGUUCACCAUGGUGCUAGCUUUUAGCCAUGCUGCUAGUAUUCCAGGUCCUACAAGUGUUGCUCCUUCCGUACCGACGGAUUUAAAAAAACACAUUGACUUUCAAUGGCUAACCAGAAUGCAAGGCUUAUUACCGAGGGUUUUAAACUGGUGCACAAGGCCGAACUGAGUGAUUACACAUGAAACAUACCAUUACACUCUUUUGUGUUUUUACUGAACGCUAGUUAUGUAAUUUGCCACUUUAGAGUGACGGCAGAUUGCGUUGGCCCAAGUUGACCCUGUUUAUACUUUUCGCCAGAGGGUCUUUUGGUUUUUCUGACAUCCACUGAAGUCUCCACCACUGCAGCCUUAACGCAUUACCCACAUUUAAAUAAAUGGGAGAACUGCUGUUUCCGCCACAAUGCCUAAAAUGGUGUGAAUGCAACCUUAUAGUGAGAACACACCGGGCAAGUAAGUGUUGCGUAUAGCCGUGUAGCGCAACAAUUUUGUUGUUGUUAUCCAAACUGUCCGUUCAUACCAGGCGCGGAGAGGCCGUGACGGCCCACACGCUGCAGUGAUCAUUUCGAGGCCGACGGAUGGACACACACACACACACACACACACACACACACACACACACACACACACACACACACACACACACACACACACACACACACACACACACACACACACACACACACACACUACUACUACAAAUACCACCGUUGACACCACUCAUUGUGUCUUUUUCUAUGCGAGUGAGAGGCUUUGUGACAUCCGGUAUGAAUGGCCAGGUGUGCGAUCAGGCACGUGUGCUUUGCGCGCUGUACACGACCCUUACGCGCCCGGUGUAUUUGCACUGUUAUAGGGAUUAUGGUAUUUCGCCUCAAAAAGGUAAUUAAACAUCAGGGCUACAGCAAAACCACAUGGAGACGAAUCUUGAUAACGUAUAAUACAUUCAUCUAGUGUUAUGAUGGUGCUAUCAGCUGGUGAAGUCUGACGCUGAGCUAUAAAUUAAAACCUAAGAACAACAGUUAACCUCCUGCAUCAAGUAUAUAUUCAGUCGAAGAACCAGUGUUUAAAUCCAACAACCAUGGAAGUGUUUUCAUUCUUAAAAUCGAUUUGCUCAUUGUGGUUUUUUUUCCAGAAUUGCCACCCUCAUGGCACACCAGGAUAUAAUUGUUAGUUUGUUCUCUCAUUCAAAAAAAAAUGUGUGUAAGCCUUCAUAAACACACUUAAUUUGUCUCUUGCACAAAAAAAGCAUAAUUAUUUUCCAGCUCAUGCUGCAGUACUAAACACCAUUGAAUUUACUCACUGAACUGCAGGAAUGACCACAUCAUGUCAAAUCAACAGACCACCAUGUGCACCAUGCACACCAGUGAUGAAUAAAGAUUCAACAGUCUUGAACAGCUGCUCCUGACAAACCUGGAAUGAUAUUGAUUACAGCCAUACAUUCAAAUGGCUUAAAAAGUGUUCACUGAAAAAAGUUUGUGUGUGCUGUGAUCUAUUUAAAAAAAAAAAAAAAAAAAGUGUUUAUAUGUAUUAAAAAGAUCUCUCAUUUUAUACGUAAAUAUACACUUUUAACUUCAUUUUUUGCUUUGCUGACUAAAAAGGGAAAUGGAAUCAUGUUAAAGAAAUUAGGCUAGUAGUUGGAGUCCAAUUUGAUUUGACCUUUAUCGCAGUCAAAAAACGAGUGGGUGGCCUACAGUAACCUUGGACUGAACUCUGGAACUUACCCCAAACAAUGCCAUUUAGUUUGUGGUGCUCAAGGUCCCGUAAGGAGUUUGGAAAAAUUAAACAAUAGAAUGACACUGUAACCCACAAUAUUUCACAGACAUGGUUGUGAUUUGUCAUUAUUGAGAAUUUUGCCUACUCCACACAGAUGCAAAAAAUGUUCAAAGUCUAUACAAUGUUGAAUUCUAACACCACAGCCAUUGAAAAUGCUUGUUUCUGAUUUACUGCCACAAUCGGUACGUUAUUUUUGUUUUCCUUGAGUGUCAUGGCUCUCACCACGGCUGGAUUAACCUGCUAGCAGGACUGCUGUUCCUCCAUUUCUGUGCACUACAUACACAACAUGGCAUCUUAUUUAUCUUUUGUCCAGAGACCAACCAGUACUUUUUUGUUGGCCCCAGGUUUGCUGUGUGACAAUUUUGUAGUAAUUUAAAUGCAUGGAAUUCAGGAAUAUGCACAAGUUGAUAUUGUGCCUUAGUGGUGCAUAUUCCCAGCACGUUCCCAAUUAUGUAUCACAAAUCGAUGGAGUCAAAGGAAACGUGGCUCUUGCAACCCCUGGGUGUUUGAAGCCUUGUGGCAGUUUUCUGUUUUGGUAAUCCAGUCUAGCCUCCCCCCCCCCCCAAUAAAACUGUGUGCCGCCAUUUCCAGCAAAC